AGUGUCCAUCGUGACUUGUGUUUCUCAAGGAGUGCAUCCACACGCGCGCCUCUUAGCCUUCGAUGACUCGUGCGCAGUGACAUUCUCGAGGCCGCAGAAGGUUCCGCGCGGAGGCCCUUCCUGGACGCCCUUCCUAGACUUGAGCGACGGCGCGUGAAAGCUGGGUCAUAUGAGCUCGCUAAGGCGACUUUGUUAACCUGUAUGGUUGAUUUUCCUGUUAUGCCAUUGGUUCAAAGGAAACCAGAUAUUAAUUCUACAUGAACAGAGUGAUACUAGAGCUAAAUGACUUCCAAUAUUGCACAGGAUACAUUCAUAUGCGUCUAUGACUGACUUUUUGUGAUAUAAACACGGUACAAUAACUUACACCAUAGACAUCAGUGCAAAUAUUAGAUUAUCAAAAAUACUCAACAUCAAGUUUUCUCGUAUUCUACAACAAUCCAUAGACUAAUCAUUUAAAUGUUAUGUGAUUCUCAAGCGUCGUUCCCCUAAAUAGGCAGCUACCUGAUAAGGUUCAUAUUAACCCCAUCACCCAAGUCGAUCCUGACAAGCUCGUCACAGAUGACAGGUCCAUCUGGUUUGUGAUAACUAGUCGAUGAUAGUAGCUGAUAAGUAACGAGUGCUGAUAACUCGGAACGCACCGAUAAACAGUAAACAUUUCCCUUUUUUGUUACUUAUCACCGUCAUUGUUUCAUAAUGAAGCUGAAGCCAUAAGAAGCAUGCUAGGCACAAACCCAGGGAUGGGGUGGUUACGUUUCACGCUCAUGGGAGAUUAAGAGACAUUCACAUCCUGAAUAUUUGCACAAAAAGUGAUACAAGAAAGCCAGAGGCCCUUGCAUGGCUGUGGGAUAACUAUCCAGGCCUGCGGAUGUCGCCAUGCUCGUAUCAAAACUCACUGCUCUGCUGUUCGGCCUUCUGGUUGUCCUCGUCUCCUUCUCGUUCGGGGCGGCGAUCAGGGGCGCGUCGGGCCUCCCACACGGCAGCCUCAGGAGGGUCAAGCCCCCGGUGUCUCAGUACGAAUUCUUAAGGCCUGUCGAUUCCAAAAGGUCUGGCGAAGACCAUGGGGAAGCAGCGAUUCAAGAAGUGCCGCAAGCUCUGGACUUUACCUUGGACGUGAAAGUGACGGACAACGGAAACGGGAGAUAUGACAGCGCUGCAAUCUCUCUUUCCAAACACCCGGGAGAUAAUGGCUACACGCCGGAGAAAAGCGUCACGAAGAAAUUGGUCAGACGUGGAGAAAGGCUGACCUCUAGCUCCAUGACUGACGAAGUCCUAACAACGGAAGCUAAGGCUCACGAGAGAAAAGAAGUCAGUAAGAAUCAAGUCCCUCUCUUCUCCUCGACUGAGAGUCUCCAACAGCCAGGAGAAUCUUCGUUGGCCCCAGAAGACGCCAUGCUUCCUACAACAGGAAAGAGAAUAAAGGAGGAAAAGGGUGAAAGGGUUAAAGGCGACACCCUCUCGGCACAUUCGAAGAACAGGUGCGAGUUCAGGUCGGCGCCACCUGAAGUAGUCUUCCCAGAUGCGUUCGAAGAGUUUUCUAAGUCGAUGAAAGCAAGCCUCGGCCGCAAUUACGAACCUGAAGACGUGCUCCUCGACAGCCUCCUUCCCGACGGAUGCCACUACAUGGAGAGGCAGAAGAAGAAAGUCAUGUGCACCGGAACCAACAUGACGUCCAUCCCCGAGUUCGACCACGCGAGGAACAUCGAAACCCUGCACUUCAGCGGGACGUCCAUCGUGCAGGUGACCAACCUCGACCCCCUCCCGAGAUCCCUCAAGGGCCUCUACUUCUCCAACGGCAUGCUCAAGGCCUUCGACGGCAGGAACCUCAACAGGGUGUCUGGGCUCGAGGUCCUCUCCCUCGACGCCAACUUCAUCAACAGCUGGAGCUUCGUCACCACCUUCUACUCCAUGGGCGGCUUCGCUGAGCAGAACACCAUCAAAUUGCUCGACAUUCAAAACAACCAAAUAACUUAUCCACUGUCUCUUCAUCUUGCGCAGCCUCAGCCGGUCGGGGACAACGAGACAGUAUUGCCUUUCCUGGAGACUUUCGUGCUGAACGAUAACCCCUUGUGUUACUUGCCAGACACUCUCUUCAAGCCUCUUAGGAACAGUAAUGUCACCAGGCUUUAUCUGAAGAACUGCAACAUCAACGAAUUUUAUGGAUCUCCCUUAUCCUACUUGCCAAACUUGGAAAUCUUGGACCUCACGAACAACAGGGCCAUCAACGAAACCGAGCUGAGGGACCUUCUGAUGCCUCUCGGCCGCCUGAAGGAACUGUACCUCGGCAACAACAACUACCCGACCGUCCCCACCAGAGCAUUGUCCUUGGUGAACGGCACCUUAGAGAAGCUGGACCUCCAUUCAUCGACCUUCACAUGCCUCGAUAACUCCUCCUUCCCUGUGAUGCCGAUCCUGACGCACCUCAACCUCAUGUACUGCAGGAUCAACGCGAUCCGGGAAUACACAUUCCAAGGAUUCCCGAUGCUGCAGGAACUGAACUUAGACGGUAACAGCCUCACCACAGUUCCCCCUGAGGUGCUGCUUCCCUCGUUACAGAUCCUGACCCUGAGCGACAACCCCCGCGCCAACGGCAACAACGGCGACCAGCGCUUCAGCAUGGAGGAUGUCAGUUUCCGAGACAUGGUGAACUUGAAGACGAUCACCUUAAAUCAGGUCAUUAUGGAAAAGAUAGAGAGUUCAUACUUCAACGAUCUGCACAAUCUCGAAGAACUCUUUCUGACGGGCUGUGGCAUCAAAACCAUCGAAAACUUAAGCUUCGUGAACCUCACCAAGCUGCGGCGGCUUCACCUCAGCGACAACUCCAUCAGCUCCCUCUACAAUGACAGCCUGGUUGGCCUCGUGAGUCUGACCUACCUUGACCUCUCCAACAACAAGCUCGAAGUGACCAAUCGCAUGGCGCGCUCUGGGGUCUCGUUCCCGUCGUCUCGAGCCGAGUCGCUCUCGUCCGAUACUGCUUCGGAUACUCGAGAAAUAAACGUGUUUUUAGAGAGCAUCAAAGCCCCUUCGCCUCUGAUUCCUUGGCUGACAAGUAUACGAAGGAACGCGAGGGCCGUGGGAACCCGAGCAUGGGGGGAGGAGAGUCUGCAGAAGAAAAUGAUAGCCACUCUGCCCUUCAGCGACCUGGUGAACCUGAGGACGCUCAACCUCUCCGAAAACAAGAUCACUCAGAUCUCUCCGGAAUUAUUCUACAACCUGACGAACCUCCUGUUUCUCGACAUCAACAACAACAGGCUGAUGAUUUGGGACGAGCCGGUGUUCGGGUCUAUCCCCAACCUGACGGAGCUCCACCUGAGGAUGAACUUGCUCAAUGGCAUCACCGACGCCAUGGAGGAGGACUUCCGGAAGGAGAGCCUCAAACUCGUCGACCUCCAAAACAACAGCUUCAAGUGCGACUGUAGCCUGAGCAAGUUCAACCGGUCGCUCAACACGUCGAACUUCAUGAACUGGCCUUAUGAGUGCACGGAAGGAGAAAUGGACGUGGACAUGGAGGAAUACAUUGCGAGGGCGCCGUGUAACUUCGCUACCCAGCCUCAGGGCCACGUCCGGGCGCGGACCAUCGUCAUCGCCUCGAUUCUCUCGGUCUUGCUCGUGGUGGCCUCCGUCAUGGUCUACAGGAAGCGAUGGUACGUGCGCUACUUCGUGUACACAGUGAGGAUGAGAGCGAAGGUAACACACGAUGAAGCCGACAAGUACCUGUACGAUACCUUCGUCUGUUACUCGCAAGCGGACCGCCAGUGGGUGUUCGAGCACCUGGUGGCCAAGCUGGAGGACGGGGGAAGGUACCGAGUGUGCAUCCACGAGCGAGACUUCACAGUAGGCCAGGAGAUAACAGACAACAUUAUCAGUAGUGUCGAACGGUCACGCAAGGUCGUAGUGGUCCUGUCGCCUUCCUUCAUCAGGAGCAGCUGGUGCAUGUUCGAACUCCAGAUGGCCAGCAACAAGAUCCUCGACGAAAGGAAAUCCAAACUGAUCAUGCUGCUUCUGGAGCGCAUCCCGGACGAGGAGCAGCCCAAGAAACUGAAGUACUUGCUCAAGACGAGAACCUACAUCGAGUGGGUUCCGGACCUCGAGAGUCAAAAGCUCUUCUGGGCAAGGUUACUGAGAGCCAUAGCCAAGCCUUCGGAUAGUGAGGCCAUCACAGCGUCGACGAAGUUAUAGCUGAGGCUCCGAGUGAAGUUCUGACUCCUGCUUACAUAAAGUGUUUGCUUUUAAAGGCGACUAAACUGUGUUAUUGUCAAAACUUUUCGCUUUGGAACAUGAGCGGGGCCGCCUCUGUGGAGUGUUUGAACUAUGCCAAGACAGCUUAUAGACAUCGUGUAUAUUCCUAUUAAUCUUUGGCUCUCUUGUGAGUUGUAUAAACGGUGACGUCUUAUAUGAUAAUGAAUCCAUUUUGUUUGUUCUUGUUGCUAAUCACAAAGGUUUGCAGGAGAAUGUGAUAGUGAAUACACACACACACACACACACACACACACACACACACACACACACACACACACACACACACACACACACACACACACACACACCAUGUACGAAAGAAAUGUGUAAGACCGUGAUAUUCAUAGUUUAUAUCAACAUUGCAUUUUGAAAGACCUAGCUGAUUUUGAAGCUGAAUACAUUUGCCAUUUUUCUCAGUGAAUCAUAUUCAAUGUUAUUUUUGUUUUUAUCAAUAUCAUUGUGUUGUAUAAUCGUUAAUUAGCUUACCAAUAUCACUCUAAUAUUAUCAUCAUCUAAUAUUACUACUACUACUGCUGUUACUACCACUCUACUACUAUUACUACUAUUACUGCUACUACUACUGCUACUAUUACUACUACUACUACUACUAUUACUACUACUACUACUACUGUUAUUAUGGCUAAGAUUACUACUAUUACUACUACUACUACUACUACUAUUACUACUACUACUGCUUCUACUACUACUAUUACUAUUACUAUUACUAUUACUAUUACUAUUACUACUACCACUACUACCACUACUACCUCCACCAUCACUACUACAACUGCUGCUACUUCCGCUACUGCUGCUGCUACUGCGGUUACUAAUGCACCUACUACUGUCAUUACUUCUACUACUACUACGACUUCUACUACUGCAGUUAAUAAUACACCUACUACUUAUAGCCACUAUUACUACACUUCUACUACACUACUGCUACGACUUCUACUACUGCUACCACUACCUCUGCUAUUACUACUACGGAGACUUCUAUUACUGCUUUUACUACUAUUAUACUACCACUACUGCUACUACUACUAGUACAAUAACGAGUAUUUUAACCAUUAACGCUCAUAGUACAGCCUAAACCAUUAUUAUUAUGACUAUUACCAAACGCCAUUCCCCCAAGCCAUGAUCCUCAUUGUCAUCAUUAUAAACAUUAUCUUAAUCAUUUUCGCAAUUGCAUUAAUGGCCGUGAUCGUUAUUCGUAUGCGGGAUUAAUUGCUCUUGAUAUAUCAGUUGAUUUAAUUUUUUGUAGUGCAUGCAGUCUAUGAACUAUUCUUCUUUAUUGUCUUUGUUGAAAUUUCAGACACAAGACCGAUACUGACGCAGCUGAUUAGUAAAUAAAGAUAAUGUUUUAAUUUAAAUAAUACUGUCAUUGUUGUUGUUGUUGCUUUUGUUGAUGAUGAUGAUGAUGGUAAUAAUAGUUGUAAUGUUCAUAAUACUACUAAGUGUGAUAAUAGUAGUGAUAGGGAUAAUAAUAAAUAUAAUGAUAAGGAUAAUAUCAAUGAUGAUAAUAAUAACAAUGAAAGUAAUAAUAAUAAUGGUAAUAAUAAUGAUAAUGAUAAUGUCAAUACUAACAAUAAUUUAAUAACAACAAUGAUAAUGACAAUAAUAAUAAUGAUAAUAAUAGUAAUAAUAAUAAUGAUAAUAAGAUUAUCAUUGUUGUUCUUAUUAGUAUUAUUAUUAUCAUUAUCAUCAUUACUAUUAUUAUCAUUAUUAUUAUUAAUAUAAUUGUUAUCGUUAUUGUUAUUAUUAUUAUUAUUAUUAUUAUUAUUAUUAUUAUCAUUACUAUUAUCAUUGUUUUUAUUAUCAUUAUCAUCACCAUUAUCAUCAUUAUUUUUUUAGUCAUUAUUACUAUUGCUCUUAUUAUUAUUAUUAUUACUAUCAUUAUUAUUAUCAUCAUCUUCAUCGUUAUCAUUAUUACCAUCAUUAUCGUUAUUAUCAUUAUCAUAAUUAUCCGUAUUAUCGUUAUCAUUACUACUAUUAUAAUUAUCAUUAUUACGAUUAUUAAAAUGAUGAUAUUGAUGAUGAUGAUGAUUGUUGUGGUUGUUGUUAUUAUCAUCAUCAAUAUCAUCAUUUUAAUAAUAUUAUUGUCAUUAUUAUCAUCACAAUUAUUGUUGCUAUUUUUAUUAUUAAUAACAAUAUUAAUAAUCUUAUUAUCAUUAUGAUUAUUAUUAUUAUCAUCACUUUGAUUAUUAUUACCAUUAUCAUUGUUAUUAUUAUUAUCAUUACUAUUAUUAUUAUAAUUAUUAUUAUUAUUAUCAUCAUUAUUAUUAUUAUCAUCAUCAUUCUUCUUCUUCUUCUUCUUCUUAUUAUUAUUAUUAUUAUUAUUAUCAUUAUUGAUAUCAUCAUCACCGUCAUCAUCAUUAACAUCAUUACCAUUAUAUUAUCUUCAUUAUUCUUAUUACUAUUAUUAUCACUUAUCUGCGAAUUCAUCUAUGUUGCCGAAAGCGUUUUUUUUUAAAUUCAUGUAUCAGCUAUGAGCCUGGAUUUUUUUUUCUCCUAGUUUAGGUGUUAAAAUUCCCGAGGGUGCAAAAAAUGAAUCUCUUAUACGUAUAAAAAAAAUGUCAGAAAAGUUAUGGUUAGUUAGACAAGACUAUACUUUGCUAAAAUAUAACGUUUUUGUUACUAUGACAAAGCACGGUCUUGUGGGUUACGUACUCUGUAUAUAAUGUAUGUAUGUUUAGAAAAAAAAGGGAAAAGUCACAGCUGGGAAUUGUAUUUCAUUUAGUAAGUAGAAGUUUAGAUUAAACGUUAUUAUACAUGUUAUAUUUGAACAGUGGUUCUCAAAGUUUUUCGUACCCUUAGGCCAUUCCUUUUCAGUUAUAUAUAGUUAAAAGGGAAGAAAAAACAUUGGGAUGCUUUAAUUUCUAAAGCAAUUUACAAGUAGGAAAUGAAUUUUACUCGAGAAAUAAAGAAUUUUUAAUCAUUUCUUAAAAAAAUAGAUUUAAAGCAUUAUUUCUUUGGUGAUUGAUUGAAAAAGAACAAACAUUAUUACUGCACUGUUGAUAGGAAGCAUUGUUUUUUUGUAUAUCUUUUAAUGAAAUACCAAUGCAAGGAUCUUUAGUCAACAUUGCAUAUCAGAACCUACGUGUUUCAGCUCGUUCUUGGCUCUGAAAUGAAUACAAAGCCGAAAAUCCAGCGGUAAGUUGUGGCAAAGAGAGCACUAUGCGAGAAAAUUUUCCUUCCAGUUUGGUUCGAAAAUUCUUCAUUUUGUUAAAUAUAAUGUACUCUCUCUUAAUGUUAGAAAUUUGAGAUCUGUUGCUGUGUCACUGUUCUUGAUCACCUGUUCAUCAAGUGUAAGUUGUUUAUUAUCAUUUAUUUACUUGUUAUUAAACUAUAGACGGGGGGUAAACAUUUGAGAACCACUGCGUUAGAAUGAAUGGAUUGUUGUAAGUUGAAAGUAUUCACUCAGCAGUCGAUAGUUAUUGAACAUAGUGUCACACACACACACACACACACACACACACACACACACACACACACACACACACACACACACACACACACACACACACACACACACACACA